ACAGUGGAAUGAGCCAAGGAUCGGGAUUUGCAGCUCAGCUAUAUAAACCCAGCAGAAUCUGGCUGAUCUGGCCAGUUUGCUUUACUGUCAAACGUCUCUGCCUUUCACGCGCUUACAGGCAAAAUUAGACAAAGCAACUUCUCUGAGUUUUGACAGGACGGCAAACAAAGUCCGAAGCGGAGAGCGGACUUGAGCGUCGUAUUUAUUUCAUGGAGACUGCUCCCAGUGGGAUCUGGUCUGUCAGGCUGUAAGGGAACAAGUGUGCCAGGAAACAAAAGGAUAUCUGACUUGGUUUGAACUGGUUCUCCUAUUUCUGCUCCAGACUGUAAAGACCAAACAGAUAUAAGACUUCACCAGCUUUGUAAAGGAACUGAACAUCACAAUGGGACUCCCCAGCCAGGUUUUGGCCUGUGCAAUCUUCUCUUUGUUGUACCAGCACGCCAGUGGUGGACUCAUCAAGCGAAUUAUCCGGCAAAAACGGGAGACUGGGCUAAACGUGACCUUGCCAGAGGAUAAUCAGCCUGUGGUUUUUAACCAUGUCUACAACAUCAAGUUGCCUGCUGGCUCCCUUUGCUCUGUGGACCUGGAUUCAGCGAGCGGCGACGCGGACCUAAAGGCAGAAAUCGAACCCGUCAAGAAUCAUGAGGAGCACACGGUGAACGAGGGGAACCAGAUUGUCUUCACCCACCGUAUUAACAUUCCCCGCCGGGCUUGUGGUUGUGCAGCUGCCCCAGACAUCAAGGAUCUGCUGAGCAGGCUGGAGGAGCUGGAGGGGCUGGUGUCAUCCCUGCGGGAGCAGUGUGCCAGCGGGGCGGGAUGCUGCCCCAAUGCCCAGGCAGCAGAAGGUCGCCUGGACACAAAACCCUAUUGCAGUGGACACGGCAACUACAGCAUUGAGAUCUGCGGCUGUAUUUGUGAGCCUGGCUGGAAAGGCCCCAACUGCAGCCAGCCCACCUGCCCGUCCGACUGUAACGACCAAGGCAAGUGCGUGGAUGGGGUUUGCGUGUGCUUUGAGGGGUACACGGGCACAGACUGCAGCCAAGAGCUCUGCUCCCCGGCGUGCAGCGUGCACGGGCGGUGCGUGAAUGGGCACUGUGUGUGCCACGAGGGCUUCACCGGCGAGGACUGCAGCGAGCCCCUGUGCCCCAACAACUGCCACAACCGUGGGCGCUGCGUGGACAAUGAGUGCGUGUGCGACGAGGGCUACACCGGUGAGGACUGCGGCGAGCUCAUCUGCCCCAAUGACUGCUUCGACCGUGGGCGCUGUGUCAACGGGACCUGCUUCUGCGAGGAGGGCUACACCGGGGAGGACUGCGGGGAGCUCACCUGCCCCAACAACUGCAACGGCAACGGGCGCUGCGAGAACGGGCUGUGCAUCUGCGAUGAGGGCUUUGUGGGGGACGACUGCAGUGAGAAGAGGUGUCCCAGCGACUGCCACAACCGCGGGCGCUGCGUGGCCGGGCGCUGCAUCUGCCACGAGGGCUACCUGGGCGAGGACUGCGGGGAGCUGCGCUGCCCCAACGACUGCAACAACCGCGGGCGUUGCGUGGGCGGGCAGUGCGUGUGUGACGAGGGGUUCAUUGGGGAGGACUGCGGGGAGCUGCGCUGCCCCAACGACUGCAACAACCGCGGGCGCUGCGUCAACGGGCAGUGUGUGUGUGACGAGGGGUUCACUGGGGAAAGCUGCGGGGAUCUGCGCUGCCCCAACGAUUGCCACGGCCGCGGGCUCUGUGUCAAUGGGCAGUGCGUGUGUGACGAGGGGUACACAGGGGAGGACUGCGGGGAGCUGCGCUGCCCCAACGACUGCCACAACCGCGGGCGCUGUGUGGAGGGACGCUGCGAGUGUGACAACGGCUUCACGGGGGAGGACUGCGGUGAGCUGUCCUGCCCCAACGACUGUCACCAACACGGGCGCUGCAUCGACGGGCGCUGCGUGUGCCACGAGGGCUUCACGGGGGAGGACUGCCGCGACCGGACCUGUCCCAACGAUUGCAACAACGUUGGCCGCUGCAUUGACGGACGGUGUGUCUGCGAGGAGGGUUACAUGGGGGAUGACUGCUCCGAUGUGUCUCCUCCAACUGAACUGACUGUGACAGACGUAACAGAUAAAACAGUAAAUCUGGAAUGGAAGCAUGAGAAUCUUGUCAACGAGUACCUCAUCACUUAUGUCCCUACCAGCAGUGGUGGUCUAGAUAUGCAGUUCACUGUGCCUGGGAACCAGACCGUUGCCACUAUCCAUGAGCUGGAGCCGGGUGUAGAAUACUUCAUCCGUGUCUUUGCAAUCCUGAAAAACAAGAAGAGUAUUCCAGUCAGUGCCAGGGUAGCAACAUAUCUGCCUGCUCCAGAAGGUCUGAAAUUCAAAUCUGUUAAAGAAACAUCCGUCCAGGUGGAGUGGGAUCCUCUGAACUUUUCAUUUGAUGGCUGGGAGCUGAUCUUCCGCAAUAUGAAAAAGGAUGAUAAUGGAGAUAUAACCAGCAGCUUGAAAAGGCCAGAGACAUCUUAUAUGCAGCCGGGUUUGGCACCAGGGCAACAGUAUAAUGUAUCCCUUCAUAUUGUGAAAAACAAUACCAGAGGACCAGGACUAUCCAAAGUGAUAACCACAAAGCUUGAUGCUCCUAGCCAGAUCGAGGCAAAAGAUGUCACAGACACCACGGCUCUUAUCACAUGGUCCAAACCCUUGGCUGACAUCGAAGGCAUAGAGCUCACUUACGGCCCCAAGGAUGUUCCAGGGGACAGGACAACCAUCGACCUCUCUGAAGAUGAAAACCAAUAUUCUAUUGGAAACCUGAGGCCGCACACAGAGUAUGAAGUGACACUCAUCUCUCGUCGAGGGGACAUGGAGAGCGACCCCAUGAAAGAAGUCUUUGUCACAGACCUGGAUGCUCCAAGAAACCUGAAGCGGGUGUCACAGACAGACAAUAGCAUUACUUUGGAGUGGAAGAACAGCCAUGCAAAUAUUGAUAACUAUCGAAUUAAGUUUGCUCCCAUCUCUGGUGGAGACCAUGCUGAGAUCACAGUGCCAAAGGGCAACCAAGCAACAACCAGGGCUACGCUCACAGGUUUGAGGCCUGGAACUGAAUAUGGCAUUGGAGUGACAGCAGUGAGACAGGACAGGGAAAGCGCUCCUGCUACUAUUAACGCUGGCACAGAUCUUGAUAACCCCAAGGACUUGGAAGUCAGUGACCCCACUGAAACCACCUUAUCCCUUCGCUGGAGAAGACCAGUGGCCAAGUUUGACCGUUACCGCCUCACUUAUGUCAGCCCCUCUGGAAGGAAGAAUGAAGCGGAGAUCCCGGUGGACAGCACCUCCUUUAUCCUGCGAGGGCUGGAGCCAGGAACAGAAUACACCAUUAGUCUGGUGGCAGAGAAAGGCAGACACAAGAGCAAACCCACAACUGUCAAGGGUUCAACUGCACAUCUAGUCACACCACCUGGAGAAUCAAACAAUGAAACGUCAUUUAACCCUACCAGUCCUGCACCUACAGAGCUGAGUUAUUUAACACACCCCAGCACCGAUUCUCAUGCUCUGCUUUUGGUGCCCACUGACCUUCCUAUCUCAGAAGCCACUGGUGCUCUUCGUGACCUUAAUAUAACACACAAGACUUCCAGUAGUUUCACCCUGUCUUGGGCAGCACAGGAUGAGAUAUUUGACCAGUUCUUUAUCACUCUGAAAGACCUGUCCAGUUUAAACAGAACACAGGAAAUCAUUUUGCCUGGAAACCAUCGAGAAACAGAGAUUACCCAUCUCACAGCUGGCACACAAUACCAGAUUAACCUCCAUGGAAGCACUCAUGGUCAGCUCUCUUGGUCCCUGGAAGCCCUAGUUGCUACAGAGGAGGAACCUGAGCUGGGACAAUUUUCAGUGUCAGAGACUGGCUGGGAUGGUUUCCAGCUCACCUGGACAGCAGCCGACGGGGCCUACGAGAACUUUAUCAUUCAGGUGCAGGAGUCUGACAAUCCCGAAGAAAUCCGGAAUAUCACGGUCCCAGGCAGCCUGCGCGUUGUGAAUGUUACGGGCCUCAAGGCCAACACACCUUAUAACGUCACACUUUAUGGUGUGACCCAAGGCUACAGGACCAAACCCCUUUCUGUUGAAACCAUGACAGGAGCACACCCAGAAGUUGGUGAGCUAACUGUUUCCGACAUUACUCCUGAAAGCUUCAACCUUUCUUGGACAACCACCAAUGGGGACUUCGACGUCUUUACUAUUGAAAUUAUUGAUUCUAACAGGUUGCUGGAGCCCAUGGAGUUCAACAUCUCAGGCAAUUCAAGAACCGCUCAUAUCUCAGGGCUUUCUCCCAGCACUGAUUUUAUUGUCUACCUCUAUGGGAUCUCUCAUGGUUUCCGCACACAGGCAAUAAGUGCUGCAGCUUCAACAGUAGAGGAACCUCUCCUUAGCAAACUCACUGUAUCAAAUGCUACCUCAGACAGCAUGUCACUCACAUGGGAAGCACAGGACAAUGCCUUUGACCAUUUUAUUCUAGAAGUCAGAAACUCUGACUUCCCUUUGGACUCCCUGGUGCACACAGUGCCAGGGGCCUCCCGGCGCUAUGUAGUCACCAACCUCAAAGCUGCCACUAAUUACACCGUCCAACUCCAUGGUGUAGUUGAUGGGCAAGGUGGUCAGACCUUGACAGCACGGGCAACCACAGAGGCUGAGCCACAGCUGGGCACGCUCACACUCACAAACGUUACCCCCGACAGCUUCAACCUCUCCUGGACCACCAAAGAUGGGCCUUUUGCCAAGUUCGUUAUACACGUUAGAGAUUCCCUUGCAGCACAUGAAGCCCAGGAGCUUACGGUGUCGGGAGGCGCUCGCAGCGCUCACGUAUCGGGCCUGAUAGAUUACACUGGCUAUGACAUUCACAUUAAGGGGACAACCCAUGCGGGUGUUCACACAGAGCCCCUCACAGCUUUUGUCAUGACAGAGGCCAUGCCCCCACUGGAAAACCUAACUGUCUCUGAUAUUAACCCUUACGGGUUCACAGUGUCGUGGAUGGCAUCGGAGAAUGCCUUUGACAACUUUCUAGUAGUCGUGGUGGAUUCUGGCAAGCUGCUGGACCCACAGGAGUUCCUCCUUACGGGAGCCCAGCGGCAACUGAAGCUUAAAGGCCUUAUUACUGGCAUUGGCUAUGAGGUUAUGCUUUAUGGUUUUGCCAAGGGGCACCAAACAAAGCCCCUGAGCACUGUGGCUGUUACAGAAGCAGAACCCGAGGUCGACAACCUUCUGGUUUCAGAUGCUACUCCAGAUGGCUUCCGUCUGUCCUGGACUGCAGAUGAUGGGGUUUUCGACAGUUUUGUUCUAAAAAUCAGGGAUACCAAAAGGAAAUCUGAUCCACUGGAGCUAAUAGUACCAGGCCAUGAGCGCACCCAGGAUAUAACAGGGCUGAAAGAGGGGACUGAAUACGAAGUAGAGCUCUAUGGAGUUAGCAGUGGACGGCGUUCCCAGCCCGUCAGUGCAGUAGCAACCACAGUUGUUGGAUCUCCCAAGGGAAUUUCAUUCUCUGACAUCACAGAAAACUCUGCUACCGUCAGCUGGACGCCCCCUCGCACCCGCGUGGAAAGCUACCGCAUCUCCUACGUCCCCGUCGCGGGAGGUACUCCAAAUACUGUUACGGUCGAUGGAAGUAAGACAAAGACCAAGUUGGUGAAGUUAGUCCCAGGUGUAGACUACAACGUUAGUAUCAUCUCUGUGAAAGGCUUUGAAGAAAGUGAACCCAUCUCUGGCACUCUGAAAACAGCUCUGGACAGCCCAUCAGGCCUGGUAGUAGUGAACAUCACAGACUCUGAGGCUCUGGCAACCUGGCAGCCAGCGAUUGCUGCUGUGGAUAAUUACGUUGUCUCCUACGCUUCUGAGGACGAACCAGAAGUUACUCAGAUGGUAUCAGGAAACACUGUGGAGUACGACCUGAAGGGCCUUCGACCUGCGACUGAGUACACGCUGAGUGUCCACGCGCUGAAGGACACGCAGAAGAGUGAGACCCUCUCCACCCAGUUUACCACAGGACUGGAUGCUCCAAGAGAUUUAAGUGCCAGUGAGGUUCAGUCAGAAGCAGCUGUGAUAACUUGGAGACCUCCACGUGCUCCCGUCACUGGUUAUCUCCUCAUCUACGAGUCCAUUGAUGGCAGAGUCAAGGAAGUCAUCCUGGACCCCGAGACAACUGCCUACAGCCUGGCAGAGCUGAGCCCGUCUACCCAGUACACGGUGAAACUCCAGGCACUGAGCGGAUCCCUGAGGAGCAAAGUGAUCCAGACUGUCUUCACCACAACUGGUCUUCUCUACCCUUACCCUAAAGACUGCUCCCAGGCUCUCCUGAACGGAGAAACCACCUCUGGGCUCUACACGAUUUACGUGAAUGGGGACAAGACUCAACCUCUGCAAGUUUUCUGUGACAUGAAUGAGGACGGGGGUGGAUGGAUUGUGUUCCUGAGGCGUCAGAACGGAAGGGAAGAUUUCUACAGGAACUGGAAGGCUUACGUGGCUGGUUUUGGAGAUCCUAAGGAUGAAUUCUGGAUAGGUCUGGAGAACCUGCACAAAAUCACCUCUCAGGGCCAGUACGAGCUGCGUGUGGAUCUGCAGGACAGAGGCGAGACAGCUUAUGCCGUCUACGACAGGUUCAGCGUUGGAGACGCGAAGAGCAGAUACCGGCUGAGAGUGGACGGGUACAGUGGCACAGCAGGUGAUUCCAUGAUGUACCAUAAUGGAAGGUCCUUCUCCACCUAUGACAAGGACAACGAUUCUGCCAUCACCAACUGUGCUUUGUCAUACAAGGGUGCAUUCUGGUACAAGAAUUGUCACCGAGUCAAUCUGAUGGGCAGAUACGGUGACAACAGCCAUAGUCAGGGUGUUAACUGGUUCCACUGGAAGGGCCACGAAUAUUCCAUCCAGUUUGCGGAGAUGAAGCUGAGACCCUCCAGCUUCCGAAAUCUGGAAGGAAGACGAAAGCGAGCAUAAAGCCCCAGGGGUGGUGAGGGGGCUCCGGGCAGGGUGAUGGGGGGUGGGAUAUAGUGUGGGGGUGUGGGGGGAUCCUCUGGCAUCACUGGGUGGUGGGUGUGAGGACCUGGGAGUGGUACCAAAGCAUCGGUGACCCUUGGCCCAACAGAGGCUUCUGCGGCAGCCCCAACAACAAGCCUUAAGUGUCCCAGCGUCUGAAGCACAGCAGCUCCAGCUGCCCAUCGCUAACGUCCUCCACACCAAAGACAAUGAUCUCAAGGGUUGUACGUUGUUUUACUCGUUUUUGUUUUCUCAGAAAGCCUCUGAGAUAGAGUUCUUCCACAAGUCUUGACUAUCUCUUGGGUGGCCCAGGGUAGGGGAGGGAGAACAGUUUUUGUACAUUGGUAGUUUGUUUUAGAACCAGCCAUAUUUUACACACGGAAAUGUGUAUGAUUAAUUAUCAUUAUUAUUAUUAUUAGUUAUAAUUGAAAUUCUUUGGUUGUCGGAACGCUUUUUUUUUAUAUAUAUAUAUAUAUAUCAAGUACCACAGAGAAGAAGGGGAUGGGAAGGGGAAAGCAGUAUGGUUUUAAACUUAAGCAUAAGAUUAAUAUUAUUAAUAUAAUGACAAAGUAAUAAUAAUAAUGAUAAUAAUAAUAAUAAGCUACAUUUUUGUCAUUUUUAAGAGAAUCAUGCUUUUGGAAACACAGCAGGACAGUGUCUGAUUGUAAUUUUUUUUUUUUAUAAAUAAAAGCACAAUUACUUUUAAAUAAAUUUCUACUUUUUUUCA